AAACCACAAGUUUCAAUGAUUUUGCAGAGAGGUUUCAACUCAUUCAUUGAUCUUUCUAUAUAUACACACAUAACUCAUUCUUUCUCUCAUCAACCAACAACAAGAAAUCCAUUAACUUGAAUCUUUUCAUACAUCUUUGGAAGCAAUUCAAAAAGAUUUCAAACCGAAAGAAAUAGAAAUGGCUUUGGUGAGAAGUCUAUUGGGUGCAAAGAAGAUUUUAAGCCGCUCCACCAGAGCAACCUCGGCGGCACCAAAAGGGUUUUUUGCAGUGUAUGUAGGAGAGAGCCAGAAGAAAAGAUAUUUGGUGCCAAUCUCAUACCUAAACCAGCCUUCAUUUCAAGUUCUGCUCAGUAAAUCCGAGGAAGAGUUUGGAUUCUAUCAUCCGAUGGGUGGCUUAACGAUUCCCUGUCCUGAAGAUACCUUCAUCAUUGUGACUUCUCGGCUCCAAUGAUGAUGAUCCAACAUUUUUUUGUUCUUCUUAGUUUAGAAAUAGGAUUAUUCAUUGUAAAUAGCUAAGCUGAGCUUUUUUUUCUUGAAAGAGUUGUUCUAAAAGUAUUUUUAUGCGAAAGACACGAUUCAUGUCAAUA